UUGAGUGCUUCAGUGCUUCGCGAACUUCCACUCACGACUAUUCAAAUGUCGAUAUUCGGCACUCGUACUUAAAGAAUAAAUUUUUUUUUUCGAGAAUCAAUCAUUGCAGUCGUGAAAUCAUCGAGACAACGUUACCAUCUCUCCACUUACUUUAAUCAAAAUUUAUUUAUUUUUUUUUUUUUAAUUGUCAAACUAAUCACGUUUCAAUUCAAUUAUGAUAACACGGCAUAAAAUUUGGGACAUCUACCUUUUGACAAUGUGCUUUCUUAUUCAGGUGCUGAAGGAGGCUCGCGUGUCUGGCCAUGGAAGACUGAUGGAUCCACCGGCUCGCAAUAGUAUGUGGCGAUUUGGCUUUCCAAAUCCCGUCAAUUACAACGACAAUGAACUUUUCUGCGGCGGGUAUGCAGUGCAAUGGGUGCAGAAUAAAGGAGAAUGCGGGAUUUGUGGUGAUGCUUAUCAUUUGCCUGAUCCGAAACCUCACGAAGCUGGUGGCGAUUAUGCAAAAGGGACAAUUGUCAGACAUUACACUGUUGGCGAGGAAAUCGAUGUAGAAAUAGAACUCACAUCCAAUCAUCAAGGACAUUUUGAAUUACAUCUUUGCCCCAAUAACAAUCCUCGUAAAGAAGCAUCUCAAGAAUGUUUCGAUAGGUAUCCUCUCUUUGUUUCUGGUACAAAUGAUGUCCGAUUCGAAAUUCCUCCUGAUACGGAAAAAAAGGCAAUUUUUCGAUACAAAGUGGACUUACCGCCUUUCAUUACUUGCACUCAAUGUGUUAUACAAUGGAAUUAUUACACAGGGAACAUGUGGGGAACUUGUGAUAAUGGCACAGAAGCUGUUGGAUGUGGUAGACCCGAAACUUUUAGAAAUUGUGCAGACGUUAGUAUAAUUACAAGCACUGGUGGAGUACCUCCAUUAUUUGUUGAAGAGGACAAUCCAUUCCUUCUCUACUACAGGGAAUACGAUUCUCCGAAUAACAUUUUCCCUUUAAUUAUCAGGUCGCAAGUUUGUGUUCCUUCAAAUCUAUACAGAAGAAUACCUGGAAUGUCCGGAUGGUGUCAAACAAAUUGUCUACGAUAUCCUCCAAAUUGUCCAGAAACAAUAUGCAAUUGCCCACAAACUUGUGACGCUAUAGGAGACCUGAAAGGAAAAGAAGGAGCAGACCAAUAUUGUUUAGAUAAAUGUCUAGCGUAUCCAUCAAAAUGUCCCUCACAUCGUUGUCGCUGCUACUGAAUUUCUAUUUGAAUAUAUAUAUAUAUAAUAUUCUGAAUUGCAUUUCAGUGGCUUUAUAUAUAUAUAUAUAUUUUAAUGUAAGGUCCAUCAAUUUGCCAUUCAAUAACAUCCAAGUUCGCGGAUAUCGAUGUUUUUACAAAACCCGCUCUAAGUAUAGGUAUAUGGCACAUAUAUCUAUAAAUUUACAACAUGAGUCCCUCAAUUGAGACCUUAUCACUCCUGCGAUCGAUUUAAGCGCUUCCGCUUGAAUAUCUGAAAAUAAACUGAAAUGUAUAGUUCCUUCAAUUCAAUACAUACAUUUUUACGACCAUGAGAAAAGCGAGAAAAAUAUUGACAUCGUAAAAAAAUUUCAUUUUCCAUCUCUAUAUAUAUAUAUAUAAUAAAUACCAUAUCUCAAAUUAUCAAACUUGAAA